AUGGCUGCGACAUUGGUGUGGAUGAUGGUGGCGGCAGCUGCUGCUGCAGGGGGAGGGGGAGGAGGAGGAGGAGGAGACUUGUUGAUGGGCAGACGAGGCUCUCCCGCCUUCAUGAUGCCAUCAAGUCCCCUGCUCGCUCCAAGGUUGAACACGAGGAUCAGCGUUACCCACCGGAGGGCAGAUCUUCCUUUUGCCGCACCAUCGAGGGCAAGAAGAGCCACCAGCCACUUUUCUGCCAUCUUUCGCAACCUGAGAUUGAAAGCAGAUGCCUCUCCUCCAGCACAGGCCGUCAAAGACUCACUUGUCGUGUACAAGAACGAGCCUGCGAUCGUCGACGAUGUCAACGAGGAACUAGCAAAAGUCACUCUGACCUUCCUCGGAUCAAAGGCCAGGAAAGCGAAGCUGAAGGAUGUCGCAAUGAUCUAUGAAGGGCCCCCUGUGAACUCAGUGGAGGACGUGCAUGAACUCGUUCUCGAGACGGGAUCGAAGAGCAUCUCAGAGCUCGCUCAGCUGCUCUUCGAUAAAGUAGACCACGUGACAUCAUGGGCAACAUGGAAGAUCGUGUGCGAGGACUUGUACUUUCAUGGCGAACCAUCGGAUAUCAGCGCUCAUACUAAAGAACAUGUUGAUGGGAAGCUAGAGAAGAUGAAGAUGGAGAAAGCAGCGAAGAAAGAGUGGGAAGCUUUCCUCAAGAGAAUCGAAACAAGAAAGCUGAAGAAGGGGGACGUUGAAAGACUGAAGGAUGUCGAAGACCUGGCGCUCAUGUCCACCAACUCCAGCAAGAUCCUCAAGGGCCUUGAAGUCUCUCAGACUUGUGAAGUGGCGCAUCAGCUUCUUCUAGACCUGGGCAUUUGGACCGAAGACUUCAACCCCUGGCCCCAGCGCUUCGGGGUGAAUCUGAACACUCCGCAAGUCACCAGCCACCCCAAGUUUGAAGAUGUCGAGCGGAGAGAUCUGACGCAUCUGAAAGCUUAUGCGAUCGAUAGCGAAGGCAUCAAAGAUCCCGACGAUGCUCUCUCGCUGGAUGCGGAUGGAAAAGUUUGGGUUCACAUUGCAGAUGUCGCAAGUAUUAUAGCGAAUUGGAUCGAUUCGCAAGGGCUCGUGGGUCAAGCUGCUACCUCCCUCAAGGUUAGACUGAUCUUGAUCCUUGCUAUGCCUGAACCUGCCAUGUCAGAAACUGUGAACAUGCUCCCUGAGACGGCGAUUCAGACCAUAGCGUUGGGCAACGAGAAGACUUCUUGCGCCUUCUCUGUUGGCUUCCGUGUGGACGAGGAUGGGCAGGUGGAGGAUGUGGAGAUCUGCAAGAGUUUGGUUUCAGUAACGAGAGUGUCCUAUGAUGAUGCGUGCGAUUACAUUCAAGACGAAAGCACUGACUUGGGGAAGCUCGACGUCAUUGCGCAGAUCUUUGCCGACAGGAGGCGCAAGAACGGCGCCAUCACCUUCCAGUUCCCUGAGGCAGACGUGAAGGUCUCAGACGGCAAGAUCUCUGUCGAGCCGGUAGAAUACUAUGAGAGUAAGGACAUGGUCAUGGAGUUCAUGCUCAUGGCUGGAGAGGCGGUGGGAAAGUUUGCUAUUGAUAAUCAAAUCCCGUUCCUGUUCUCAUCGCAGCUGCCUCCAACGGAACCAAACACUCCGAACAAGAAGAUGACGCUGACAAAGCCCAAGGCUUUCAAGCCUCCGACCACGCUCUCGGAUAUGUUCGAGCUUCGCAAACGCCUUCUCAGGACUAAGCUCGGCGAGCCAGGCUAUCACUUCAGCCUCGGCAUGCCCCUCUACUGUCAGAUCACAUCGCCAUUGAGACGUUACGGGGACCUUGUGCUUCACCAGCAGCUGCAUGCCUACCUUGCAGGGCAGAAGCUCUUCACCAUCGAACAGCUGCAUCAGCGAGUGAGUGAGACGGAGAAUCGGUCGAUGAACAUGAAGAAGGCCGAGCGAUUCUCGAGGCAGUUUUACACCUUGUUGUGGCUCAAGCAGGAGGCAGAGUGGACAGGAGAAGCCAUCUGCCUAAGCCAGCGACAACAGAAGCCUGCGGCACCCAAGAUUGCCGUCGGGCUGAUAGAAGACCUCGCGAUCCUGUGCAGUGUGAAGCUCAAAAAGGCGGUGAAGAAGGAUCAAUCCUUUCCUAUCAAACUCGCGCAGGUUCGACUGGUCGACAUGCGGGCAGACUUCGUUCACAACGUGGACCUCAAGGAUAUCCUUGAGACCGAGGAGCUGACGGUGUACAAGGAGGGUAUGAAAUCUCGUCGCAACGUUGGAACAAGAAUGAACUUGAACCCUUGA